GAUCAGGUUGGCCUAAUUUCUGCUAUGUUGGGAUUCACUGAAGGAGUGUUCCUGAUUCUGAUUGUUACUGAGUUUGUUCUUGGAAAUCUGGUGAAUGGUUUCAUUGGGUUGGUCAAUGGCAGCCACUGGUUCAAGAGCAAGAAAAUUUCUUUGUCUGACUUCAUCAUCACCAGCUUGGCCCUCUUCAGGAUCAUUCUUCUGUGGAUCAUCUUUAUUGAUGGCCUUAUAAUAGCAUUCUCUUACCACACCCAUGACUCAGGGAUAAUGAUGAAAGUUAUUGAUGUUUUGUGGACCUUUACAAACCACUUCAGUAUUUGGCUUGUCUCUUGUCUUGGUGUUUUCUACUGCCUGAAAAUAGCCAGUUUCUCCCACCCCACAUUCCUCUGGCUCAAAUGGAGAGCUUCCAGGGUGGUUGUUGGGAUGCUGUGGGGUGCACUGCUCUUAUCCUGUGUCUGUACCAUGUCUCUGAUGAAUGAAUUUAGGAUCCAUUCUGUCCUCGGUGGAAGCAGAGGCACAUCAAAUAUGACUGAAUACUUCAGACUGAAGACAAAUGAAUAUAAUCUGAUGCAUGUUCUUGGAAAUCUGUGGAAGAUUCCUCCAUUAAUUAUUUCCCUGGCUGCCUACUUUCUGCUCCUCCUCUCUCUGGGGAAGCACACAAAGCAGAUGCAGCAAUACAGUACUGGCUCCAGAGAUCAGAGUACUGAGGCCCACAAAAGAGCCAUCAGAAUCAUCUUCUCCUUCCUCUUCCUCUUCCUCUUGUACUUUCUUUGUUUUCUAAUUUUGUCAUUCAGUCGUUUCCUUCCAGCAACUAAGAUUGCCAGGAUAAUUGGUGUAGUAAUUGCCAUGUCGUACCUUGUUGGGGACUCAUUUAUUCUCAUUAUGUGUAACAACAAGCUAAAGCAGAUGUUUGUGGCCAUGCUCCCAUGUGAGUGUGGUCACCUGAAGCCUGGAUCUAAGGGAUCAUUUGCUUCAUAG